AUGCGCGACUGACGCACCCCCCGCCGCGUUCUCCUUCAGUCUGUCCUCUCGCGCUGCACAGAAGCUCCGUCGGGGACAUCGACACGGCAAACACGAUCAUGUCUGAGAAAGGACAGAAGCUGAAAGAGACGCAUGUGAAAGGAAGCAGUGAGAGCUGCCAUCACUGCAAGCCAAAGACAUGUGCAAACAUGGCCGUCCCUCCUGCAUACGCUGACCUCGGCAAAUCUGCCAAAGAUAUCUUCAGCAAAGGAUACGGCUUUGGAGCUGUUAAGUUGGACCUGAAGACCAAGUCUCAGAGUGGAGUUGAGUUCUCCACCGGCGGCUCCAGUAACACAGACACCGGAAAGGCGGCUGGAAAUCUGGAGACCAAGUACAAAGUGAAGGAUCUGGGCUUGACUUUGAACCAGAAGUGGAACACAGAUAAUGUUCUGACAAAUGAAGUGACACUGGAAGAUCAGCUGGCCAAAGGUCUGAAGCUGGGAUUGGACACUUCAUUUGUGCCCAACACUGGGAAGAAGAGCGCUAAGCUGAAGACCGGAUAUAAGCGUGAUUUCAUGAAUGUAGGCUGUGAUUUAGAUUUCGAUCUGGCCGGACCGACGAUUCACGCCGCAGCUGUUCUGGGUUAUGAAGGCUGGCUGGCUGGGUAUCAGAUGGCCUUCGACACGGCCAAGUCCAAACUGGCCCAGAACAACUUCGCUUUGGGCUACAAGGCAGGAGACUUCCAGCUACACACCAAUGUUAAUGAUGGCACAGAGUUCGGCGGCUCCAUCUAUCAGAAGGUGAACGGUCAGUUGGAGACGGCGGUGAAUCUGGCCUGGACCGCAGGCAGUAACAACACACGCUUUGGCAUCGCUGUCAAAUACCAGCUAGAUAAAGACUCCUCCAUCUCUGCCAAAGUCAACAACGCUAGUCUGGUUGGAGUAGGAUACACACAGAGCCUCCGGCCAGGUGUGAAACUCACUCUGUCUGCUCUGAUCGACACUAAGAACUUCAACGCCGGAGGGCAUAAGGUGGGCAUGGGCUUCGAGCUGGAUGUGUAACGACGGACGGAUGGAAGCAGAGGGGCAUUAAUGGAAAGAAAAGAAAUGCAGGGAGCUGACGGUACGACUUCAGCACCUGCGAAAACACGUCGCCCUUUCCCCCCGUAAUUCCUCCUUAACUAAUCUGGCCUUAAACCCCCAUAGAACCAGUAAUAAACAGGAUCCCCAGUCACUUGAUUCCUUGCCACACCAAUCCUCCAUCACCAGCUCAAUGUGACAUCACCACGACAACAGCUUCCUCUCGGUCACUAUGGCAACAUAUCACAGCACCUGUAAUGUUACACAUGUGGCACCAUAUCAAUUUUGUUUUUAAACUAGAUAAAUAUUGAGGUUUUGGUUUCUGAACAGUCGCACAGGAUCUGAUGUGUUGUGCUUUUAGUUCAAGGGUUUAAUGUUGAAUUAGAAACGCCUCUCUGAAUGUCAAGCCCCACACUUUCUUUAUAAUGUUCAUUGCCAAAUGCAUAAUAUUUUAUCAUGUUUGUUGUGGGCUGGAGUUAUUAGAGGUUAUUAUUGUUUUUAUCCCCGUAAAAAAGUCACUUAUGUUAAAAGCGGAGGACUAGAAGAAACUGAUGUUGUGGAACUCAAUAAAGAGGAAUGUUGACUGAA